AUGACCCAUGACCGAGUGAAUGAUGUCACAGAUGCUGAACAAAUGCCAAUUGUGAGCCAGGUAUGGAGCUGCUGCCCCAUAAACCAGCUCAUCUCUCCAGAUGACCCCUGCAGGAGAUUGGAACACAACACCACAGUAAGGAAAGCCCGAUGUUGCCCACAUGCUCCACGGAGAAACCCGCCAGGGGCACGUUGGUACGUUGGGAGUGUGAGCCCUGGAGACAGUGAUGUGGCAGGGAUCCAGGUUCUCCCAGCUGCCGGCCACAGGGCUCUCCCCAGAUGGAUUACUUUGGCUGCUGCGUGGACAAGCCUGAAGAUGGAGAGCUUCAGUGAACAGGUCACCUGGGUGGCUGGAGCAGGAAUCCAGCCAGAGUCAGGAAUGUCUGCAGGAUGCCAUGGAGCCUGCCCCAGACAGAUCCUGCAGGAGCUCUGGACAGCGAGCUGCCGGGGUACCUGGGCUUUGUUCCUCCCCCUACAGCCAGUCCUUGGAUGCAGGCUCCUGGAUGGGCGGGGCCUGGAAAUGCCCAAACUGCUGCCACUUCUGGUUUUGGGGGCAAGGAGCAGCUCAAGGGCCCAAGGAGGGCCCUUGAAGAAGCUGACCAGUACUAUCCUUGAGCAGCAAAGCACAGGCCAUGACGUGAACCUCAUGAAGCUGGUAAAGGGCAUCCAGGGGGAUCUGGACCGGGCACCGAGCCAUACACUGCAGACUGAGAUCCUGCCCUAGUCUUCUUCUGAGCCCUAGAGAGCCCCGCUGUUUGCUUCUAGGGCCAGUACUGCAUGCCUUGGCUUUAAAUGUCUUAUUAAGACAGGUGCAUCUGUCUCCUUCGCUAGAGAGUAAAUCUUCCAGGUAGGGUCCACACCUGAUCUACCUGAUGUUCCUGGCACGGUACUAUCCCUGUGGUAUGGCAGACGGGUGGCAUAUAUUGAACUGAACUAAGGACAUGGAUUGAUGAUUGAUAGAGGCAUUCAUCUUGCCUGUCUAAUGCAAUCCCAGGGUUACUCACAGUCCCAUGCAUGACCCUAUUUCACCCAAAUUCUCUGGAGCUACGCAGUUAGAGAGUUCCAUACAAAUACCUCAUGACGUUUCCAGAAACAUCGACAAGACUUCACUUAUAUUAAUAAUGGGAGCUGCAGAGAAUAAAAAAGCUGACAAAAAAUAGUUCAGUGUAUUUCAUGCAAAUAGAAUUAUUUAGAAUGUGCUUCUAGAAUGUAAUUUUAAUUAUUAUAACUUACCAGAGUGGUGUCAACUUUUCAGCUUAACAAAGAUGAAAUAUGUAAAUACACGGAACAGUGGGAAAUUCAUCCAAGUGGUGCAGAGCCUGACUCCUGUGAAAAGGCAGAGGGCUUCUUCGGAUUGUUUUUCGUCUGUUGUUUUUAGUCAUGUUGACUCCAUGAAGUAGACAUGGAAAACAUACCAGGGGAUUCUAAAUCUAUGCUCUGUCUCCUAGUAAGGGCCCUUAUAAAGAAACAAUGUUUGAGAUUAUAGCCAAUGAUCAUACUUACCAUGAAAGUGACAAAGAUUCCUUUACAUGCAAAUUGAUGUUUCUGAAUUAGUAAAAAUCACACAAACCAAAACAUUCCAGUCAAGACAUUGUAAGAAGCUAAGAGCACAACACAUUUUAAUGAGGAGUUGUGCACUUCUAGAAGAGCUGACGAGUCUGUGAAAUGUGCACGCACACACAUACAUCCACAUAUAUGAAAAUACACAUUCACUGAUGCUUUCUUACUUUUUACUAAUAAAUUCUAAUGUAUCCUAUUUCUAGAUUGGUCAAAUUUGUAUCUAUUUUUUCUGCAACCUGUACUGCCUUAUUUUGCUUCCCCAGAGCCAAAAAUAUCUGUCUUACAAAAUCACCUUCAGUGUGAUACAUGACCAAUAUAUAAAACACCUCAAAGGUUUCUUCAUAAAUUAAAUGUUAUCCUGUAUGUCAUCCUGUAUGUCAAGAGAAGAGAACAGCAUAGUGUCCCAAGCAUAUUAGGCACCGGGUAAUUUUUCUGUUAAAAGUACUAAAAGAUGCAAAUAAUUCACAUAAGGUA